GUUGUGUGAAAAAUUUCUUGCUAUUUAAUUAGUUAAUUGUUUGAAAAAUAGCACGUACUUAAAUAUGUUUAUUGAAACUUGCAUAGCACCCGUAAAUAUAGCUUUAAUUAAAUAUUGGGGUAAACGAGAUGAAGAAUUGAUUUUACCGAUAAACGAUUCAUUAAGCAUGACUCUUAGCACCGAUGAGAUGUGUGCUAAAACUACAGCUGCUGCUUGUUCAUCGUUUAAGGAACAUCGUAUGUGGUUGAAUGGCGAAGAGGUGCCAUUUGAAGAAAAUCCUCGUAUUAUGAGAUGUUUAAAAGCUUUACAACGCUUAGCUUUAGCCAAAGGCGAGUCGCUGAAAUUUCCCCUCGAAUGGAAGCUGCAUAUAGUGUCGCGUAAUAACUUCCCCACGGCCGCUGGUUUGGCCUCAAGUGCGGCUGGUUACGCUUGUCUAGUCUACACUCUAGCCUCUUUAUAUGGCAUAGGCGAUGAAGAGCUUACAGCAAUUGCCCGUCAAGGCAGUGGUUCUGCAUGUCGUAGUUUACAUGGUGGUUUCGUACGCUGGCAUAUGGGCAAACUGGAAGAUGGUGGUGAUUCUGUAGCGGCUCCAGUGGUUUCAGCUUCACACUGGCCCAAUAUGCAUGUUCUUAUAUUGGUGGUCAAUGAUGGCCGUAAGAAGACCAGUUCCACUAAAGGCAUGCAGCGGGCGGUAGAAACUUCGGAUCUUAUUAAAUAUCGUGCUAAAUAUUGUGUACCACAGCGCAUUAAUGCCAUCACUGAUGCUAUUAAACAAAAAGAUUUUGAAACCUUUGCCAAAAUAGCCAUGCAAGAUUCCAAUCAAUUUCAUGCCAUAGCUUUGGAUACCUAUCCUCCAUGUGUUUAUAUGAAUGAUGUUUCUCAUGCUAUAGCCUCAUUUGUGCAUGCUUACAAUACGGCUGUGGGACACACUAGAGUAGCGUACACCUUUGAUGCGGGACCAAAUGCUUGUUUGUAUGUUUUAAAGGAACAUGUUCCCAGUUUAUUGCAAGCUUUAAAUAAAUCAUUUCCCAAUGAUAACGCCACCAAUGUGGAGUAUUUCAAAGGCAUACCUAUAGAUAAGGAGGUUACAGCUAAUGCCUCUUCUUCGGCCAAUGAUGAUGAUAUUAUUUUAAAUGGCAAUUUUUCAUUUGCCAUUAAUGAACGCAAUUUACUUAAAUACAUAAUACACACGAAAAUUGGUUUGGGACCUCAACGCCUAAACAAAGAUGAAAGUUUAAUUAAUGGCACCACUGGUCUUCCAUUAUGAAUUGCAUAUCCCCCAAAAAAACCAAACCAAACAAAUCAAACCUGCAACUUUAGAGUGAAAAAGAAAAACUAAUUAACUUCGAAACAAAG